AUGCUCCAACCACGAAUACCUCUCCGGUCUUUGUGCAGGAAGUGCCAAAUUUCCUCGCCAGCUUUCAGCAGGUCCUACGCUCAAGUCAUCGAUCCAGUUCAUCCGAGCAGUUCAGUACUAGACACAGCAUACGCAAAUCCACCGUUAGCCGAGCCCGAAGAUCGAGUAGGCGCGGCCAAGGGUGAGGUGAAGCUCCGUCGGUACACCCCACGAACACCAGGUAUCCGUCAUCUCAUCCGACCAUUGAACGACCAUAUCUGGAAAGGCCGCCCAUGGACAGAGCUCACAUAUCCCAAGAAGGGACAUUCAAAAGGAGGCCGAAAUAAUACAGGACAUGUCGUGGUCCGACAUCGUGGCGGUGGGCACAAGAGAAGGAUACGCACAGUGGACUUCAUGCGGCAAAGCGGAGGAAAGCAGCUCGUUGAACGCAUUGAACAUGAUCCGGGCCGGACUGCCCACAUCGCGCUGGUGAAGGAUCUCGAGUCGGGCAAGAGAAGCUACAUACUGGCUGCUGAGGGUCUCCGGGCCGGAGAGACGGUAGAGAGCUUUCGUAGUGGCUUGCCCAAAGAGCUACUGAAGGAAAUGGGUGGCCACGUCGAUCAAGGUGUGAUUGCUUCCAAGACAGCAUACAAAGGCAAUUGUCUGAAGCUUGGUAUGAUACCAGUCGGAACGCCAAUCUUCAAUAUUGCCCCUUCAAGAGAUUCGAUAGGGAAGAUAUGUCGCAGUGCCGGUACACACGGGAUCAUCGUCGGAAAAGGUGAAGACACGGUGCAGAAGGAGAUGAUCAAACUUAUUGGAGACAGUGGGGGUAUGGAAAUGUCGGCCUUGAGUCCGGAUCAGCUGAGGAAAUUCGAGAAGGCGGCAAACUACGUUACUGUCCGCCUCUCGAGUGGUGAGGUUCGCCUCAUCGACAAAGAAGCGGUUGCCACAAUUGGCGUCGCGAGCAAUGUUAAUUUCAAGUAUACCUCUUUGGGCAAAGCUGGCCGUUCUCGAUGGCUCGGUAUUCGACCAACUGUCCGUGGUCUGGCCAUGAACGCGUCUGAUCAUCCUCAUGGUGGUGGUCGAGGAAAAUCGAAGGGUAACCGUAUCCCCAUGAGUCCUUGGGGUAUUCCGGCAAAAUCGGGCUUCAAAACAAGACCGAAGAACAAGAUCAAUCCUAUGGUGGUUACGGCACGACCUAGAAACCAAGGACGGCGGCGGAGAGGUUACGCUUAG